CUUUUGAUAGUGAUUUUUUUUUGUUUGUUGUUGUUGUAAAAAAAUUGAGGAAACCAGUGUCCGGUUGCCCGAAUCAAAGAUGGCCCCCGUGGUUUCUGCGUUCCCAGCAGUCUGUAGUUCAGCUGUUUUGUAACUUGCAUGUGUCUUACUGAGAGGAGAGCAGCGGCUGCGGGACCGGAGACAUGGAGAACGGCCACACUCCGCAGGUCACUACAGUGAGUCUCGUUGAAAGUAGCUCAAGGCCCUCAGGGUACCAGCUUGUGAGCACCUAUCAUACCAAUCGUAUAGGAGACCCUUCCAAUCUUGUGGAACUUGCUGAACAGGUGCAAAAGGCAGAUGACUUCAUAAGGGCCAAUGCCUGUAAUAGGUUAACUGUUAUAGCCGAGCAAAUCAGGAUGUUGCAGGAGCAAGCAAAGAAGGUAUUAGAAGAGGCCAAGAGAGACGCUGAUCUGCACCACGCUGCUUGUAAUGUGGUGAAGAAACCGGGAAACAUUUAUUAUCUGUAUAAACGGGAAAGUGGUCAGAGAUAUUUCUCCAUUCUCUCCCCAAGGGAGUGGGGUCCGAGCUGCCCUCAUGAAUUUCUUGCCGCAUACAAAUUGCAACACGACAUGUCUUGGACGCCCUUCGAGAACAUUGAGAAGCGAGAUGCUGAAAUUAGCAUUAUUGAUAAAUUACUGAACGACCAGAUCGCUCUUCCUUCAAGUGUGGAGCCCAACUUCAGAGGCCUGACCAACUAACCUGGUCCUUACAGAUCAUCUGUACCAACACGGCGGCCUUAUCUCCUACCCUGCCCUAUGAACUGUCACCCCUUACCACCAUGGGGAACUAGUGUACGGUGUCCAUUUUAGGACAUCGUCAGUAGUCAGCCGUAACUCCGUCCUCCGUCAGAUGAAACGCCGUCCCGCCUCCUCCCAUGGGCCAGUCUCCGUCAGGCAUCAGCCGCAACUCCCUCCUUUGUCUCUUUGUCUCCCUAAAGUCUCUCAUCUGAAACUCCAUCAUCCCUCAGACGAAAAACCCUCCUGCUGAGUCAGUAUCGGCUCUUCUAUACACUCUAUUCAGUGUCGGCUCUGCUAUACAGACUCUGUAGCACGUGUAGUGUCUGUAGUACACGUGCAAGUUUCACAGUUUCAACUCUGCUAUACAUGCUGUGCAGCGUCGGCUCUGCUAUGCGGCAGGAAGUUGCGUCUGAGGGAGAAUCGUCUGAGGGAUGACUGUGUUUUGGACGAGAGAGUUUUGGAUGAGGGAGUUGUGGCUAAAGGAUGAAGGCGACUGGUGUGAGGGAGGAGGCGGGACGCUGUUUCACCUGACGGAGGAUGUAGUUGCGGCUGAAGGAUGACCACAAUUGGUGUGAGGGAGGAGGCGGGACGCAGUUUCACCUGACAGAGGACGGAGUUGAGGCUGACGACUGACUAUGUCCUAAAAUGGACACCGUACUAGUGUUCUGUGUUAAAUAUGACUGUUUUAUGGAGAGAUCUGCCUCUUUAAAUUAUGUAAAUCUUUGUUAUGUAAGCAGAGAUAAGACAAAUGUUUUUUUUUUUAUUUUGUAAUAUGUUCAUUUUAAUGUGUGACUUGGCAAAUAUAAGAAGAAAUGGUUCAUCAUCUUAAGAUUGUAUAUAUUAUUUGUGUUAUUCCUGGUGAUAUCAUGUGUCCAUUCAACCACAUAAAUGGGUAUAUGAAUGGCUCUGUGCCAAUGGGGUGGUCUUCAUCCUCCUGGAGCAA